AACAGUCACUUCACUGUGACAUUUCUUCAUUAAUAGUGAGACUUUUUCAGGCAUGCCCUAGAACACAUCACGUGACUUGGGAGUAUUCAUUGCUACCUUGGGGACAUAGCCUGCAGUAGGCGUGGCUUGGCUCAGUUUGUUCACUUUUUGCAAUUCUGUGUUCCUGAGUUGGUGACAAUGCCGCAGAUGUCCAAGCCUGUCCGGGAGCUGAAAUCUGAACCACUACACCUGCUUCUCAUAAGGAGUUAUCUACAACUUCUGAAGAGCCGUCCACUUCUCACCAAAGCUGUGACCAGCGGGAUUCUGUCUGCUCUCGGGAACCUACAGGCUCAGGCAAUAUCAAAAAGACGCAAAGGUCAAAAAUCCUCAAGUGUGGACUUAAUAGGACCUCUUCGAUAUGCAGCUUAUGGCUUCUUAUUCACAGGACCUUUAUCUCACUUCUUCUACCUGUAUUUGGAGCAGCUGAUUCCUUCUUCCCUCCCAUUGUCUGGGCUUCGCAGACUCCUUCUGGACAGAUUAAUCUUUGCACCAGCUUUCCUGCUGCUCUUCUUUACUGUGAUGAACAUUUUGGAGGGCAAAGACCUAGCUACACUGAGACAGAAACUGAAGGAUGGUUACUGGAGAGCCCUUAAGAUGAACUGGAAGGUCUGGACACCCUUUCAGUUUAUCAAUGUGACCUACAUACCAGUACAGUUUCGAGUUUUAUUUGCCAACGUGGUAGCUUUCUUUUGGUACACAUACCUCGCUUCAAUCAGAAAGUGACAAUAUGCAGUGAAAUAAAGGCCGACUAUGAACAACAGAAGAGAGAUUCACUUGACCAACUAUUAAAAACUGGAUCAGACCAUUGUUGCCUGAGGAGUACUACAUUUUAGAGUUGUAUUACUAUGCCAAUAAAUAAAUGGCAAGCUAAUAGAAGCAAUGAUGAUAUACAGAAUAAUUUAUUAGUAAUUUGUUAAUAUGUUACUAAAGUGCCAUUGUUCCAUGAAAUCAAGAUGGAGCUCAUUCCGGGAUACAUUCAAAGGGGAUUGAAUUUACAUGCAUGGAGAAAGAAGAUAACUGCUAAAAUGUGUGGUCUGUUAUUUUAACACUACACAAUUAAUUUGGCACAAUUACUGAAUCUAAUUAACUGUAUUUCUAUAUAGCACUUCACUAUCUGUUUAUUUGCAAAUAGAAAUGUACUGAGCCUCCAGAGAUUCAGUGAGAUUGGUUCUUAAACAUUGAGUACCUAAACCGAAUAACACUAAAGUGCCAUUUCUAGAUCUUGUUUGGUUGCAUAAUGUUUUCUUUUUGUCUUUUAAUAUGCAGUUAGUUUGUGGACUGUAAUAUCUUGAAUAAUAUAAAAGGAUGAUCAUUGAUCCUGGGUAGGGAAAGUAGCAGCUAUGCAUACUACAUGUGAGCCUUAACCACUUAAUUUUAAUACUGUUAACACAUGGAUUUGUAUGUGUAAAUAAAUAUAAAAUGAAUGUUUCAA